AAGAUAUGGCCAUGUUUGAUAUCCCGUACAAAUACAAUUCAUAAUGCUUCACAUCCCAACGCAAUCCACCUGAUCUACAGUUCUACACCAUCUUCCGUCGCCGUCGGUGUUGCAUCCUCCGCUGUGGACGAGUGGCCAACUGCCUUUCAGUCACCGACGAUUACUGCUGUGAAGUAGAUAAACAACUUUUAGAAGCCCUAUUUUGGUGAUCGGAGUUACUCGCUGCAUACGAGCACUUUUUGAAGUCAGUCUACUGAUAAGUCAGAGAUGGCAAACUCAAUACCGUCGCGUCAUUUAUUCAUCGAUGGAGAAUGGAGAGAGCCGGUUAGGAAGAAUCGGAUCCCCGUCGUCAAUCCCGCCACUGAGCAGAUAGUCGGGGAUAUCCCAGCAGCCACCUCUGAGGAUGUUGAUUUUGCCGUGGAAGUAGCUCGUAGAGCUCUUAAACGGAAUGGAGGGAAAGAGUGGGCUUCAGCUUCUGGAGCACAUCGUGCGAAGUAUCUGCGUGCCAUUGCUGCAAAGAUAAUUGAGAAAAAAUCUGAAUUGGCAAGACUUGAAGCCAUUGAUUGUGGAAAACCACUUGAUGAAGCAGCAUGGGAUAUAGAUGACGUUGCUGGAUGUUUUGAAUAUCAUGCUGAUCUUGCUGAAGCUUUAGAUGCAAAGCAAAAUGCAUCCAUUGCUCUUCCAAUGGAUACAUUUGAAUGUCAUGUCAUUAGGGAACCUAUUGGUGUUGUUGGGCUGAUUACUCCAUGGAAUUACCCAAUGCUAAUGGCUACGUGGAAAGUUGCGCCUGCCCUGGCUGCUGGGUGUGCUGCGAUUCUUAAGCCAUCAGAACUGGCAUCAGUCACCUGCCUGGAAUUAGGUGAAGUAUGCAGGGAGGUGGGUCUACCCCCUGGCAUUCUCAAUAUUCUGACUGGAUUAGGUCCAGAAGCUGGUGGUCCUUUAGCUUCUCAUCCCGAUGUUGAUAAGAUUGCCUUUACGGGAAGCAAUGCCACAGGGAGCAAGAUUAUGAUUGCUGCAGCUCAAAAUGUCAAGCCUGUUACACUUGAGCUUGGUGGAAAGAGUCCAAUAGUUGUGUUCGAUGAUGUUGACAUUGAUAAAGCUGUUGAAUGGGCACUCUUUGGUUGCUUCUGGACCAAUGGGCAAAUUUGCAGUGCAACAUCUCGCCUUAUUGUGCAUGAAAAAAUUGCUGCGGAGUUUUUAGACAAGCUUGUGAAGUGGGCUAAAAACAUCAAGAUUUCGGAUCCAUUGGAGGAAGGUUGUAGGCUUGGACCUGUGGUUAGUGGUGGACAAUACGAGAAGAUCUUGAAGUUUGUUGAAACGGCCAGAAGGGAAGGUGCAACCAUUUCGUUUGGAGGGAAACGUCCCCAGCAUUUGAAAAAGGGUUUCUAUAUCGAGCCAACCAUCAUCAGUGAUGUUACGACAUCCAUGCAAAUUUGGAGAGAGGAAGUAUUUGGACCAGUUCUCUGUGUAAAAACAUUCGCAACAGAAGAAGAAGCGAUCGAACUAGCAAAUGACACCCAUUAUGGCUUGGGUUCUGCUGUAAUAUCCAACGAUUUGGCCCGCUGUGAUCGUGUAACAAAGGCUUUUGAGUCAGGUAUCGUGUGGGUGAACUGCUCGCAGCCAUGCUUCUCUCAAGCUCCAUGGGGUGGCAGAAAACGAAGUGGUUUUGGUCGUGAACUAGGAGAAUGGGGCCUGGACAACUACUUAAACAUAAAGCAAGUAACGCGCUACAUCUCUAACGAACCCUGGGGGUGGUAUCAGCCUCCAACGGCCAAGCUUUGAGAAUACCACGAGUGUAACGGGUCACGAGAUGCGCAGAUGAUCGUAAAUUUGUGUUCCGUCGAUACGUUGUACUCGUAUAAUAUAUAAAAAGUUGUUGAAUAUUUGUUUAAAUUUGAAGCAAGUAAAGAUUGGUUUAUUAAUUUAAGUGGGUGUGAUGUUCUGUCAAA